AUGAAUGAUGAAAAGUGCAUAAAAGAGAAAUCAUCGAAAAUUGAAAAGUUAAAAAAAAAAAAAGGACCUAAAAUAAAUAAUAAUAAUCAAAGUAAAAAUGGAAAUUAUGAAAAUAAUGAAAGUAAUGAAAAUUUAUGCUUUUCGAAAUAUUAUGAAGAAAAUAAAACAACUAAUUCUUCUUAUGAUUUAAUGAAUGUAAUAAAUAUUAAUAAAAUUAAUGAAGACAUUAUGAAAAAUAAUUACUUAUGUAAUAGAACCUUUCAGGGUGCAUAUUCCUUUUCAGAAGAAGAUUGUAAUUUAAAUGUUAAUAUAAAUCGAAGUUUACACGGGAAUCAAAUGCAAAUUAAAAAUCAUGAGAAUAUAUGUAAUAAUGAUGAAACUAGUUAUAGUUCUAACUUUAAUUCAUCUUUAAUAAAGUUAAUUAAUAUGAAUUGCAACUCAUUUUUAGACACAAAUAAUUAUAACAAAUCCAUUAAUAAACAAGCAUCGCAUGAUGAAACUAAAUCUAAUAUUGAGGAUUUAAAUGUCUGUGUUAAUGAGAAGUAUGAUAAAAAAAAGGAUACAAAAAUCAAAGAUAAAAGUAAAACUAGUAUAGAAAAUCCAAAUGAUUAUAAUGAAAUGAAUAAUACAUUAGAUAAUUCUUGUUUUAUGAAUAAAUUAAAAAUGUUUCAAGAAGCCACUUAUAAAUCAAGAGAAAAGAGCAUAAUUAAUAAUUUUAAUGAUAAUAAGAAUACCUAUGACAAAUGUGUAUUUGAAAAACCAUUAAGGAAAAAAAAGAAAAGAAAUUCAGAAGACAAAAAAAGAAAUGAAUCUAAUAAUGUAAAUAAUUCUAAUAAAAAUACUAACAAAAUUUUUUAUAAUAUAAAUAUUAAUAAUCUAAAUAAUAAGAAUUGUAUGAAUAUUCCCACUUGUGAUAUUGAAAAUUUUUCAAAGAAAAAUGAAAAUCUUCUAAAUGAUAACAUAACAAAGAACAUUUUAGAAAAUAUGAAUUAUUUAUGUUCUUUGAAUACAUGUGUAGAUAAAAAUAAUGGUAAAGCAAGGAUACUUAAUAAAAAAAGCAAUGUAGAUUACGUGAAAAAUAUUAUUCGUGAUAUUAAUAAAUUACAUAAGGUACAUAAUAACAGUAAUAAUGAUAAUAACAUAAAUUUAAAAAAUAACAACGAUAAUAUGGAUCAGCUAUCAUCAAUUAAGGAAAAUAAUAGUUAUAUUAACCUUUUAAAUAUAAAUAAAUAUGGUGAAGAAAAUUCUAUGAAAUGUUUAUAUAAUUCAGAUAAUUUAUACUUAUGUAGUUCUAAAAUAAAUAAUAAUAGUAAUAAUUGUAAUACAAGUUUAAAAGAAGACUCUGUAUUAUAUCAAAAUAAUGAUAACAUUUUAAGUAAUCAGGGGAAAAAUGAGAAUAACGCAAAAAAUGAUAUUUUUGUUUUACCUUUAAAAAAUAAUAUUGAUAUUAGCGAAAAAUAUGUUCAAAAUAUAAAUAUAGUAUCUUCAUCAAACAAUAUUUCUGAAAAAAUUUUAAAUAAUGAUGAAUAUAAGAAAAAUAAUUCCUCAAUGAAUGAAUAUGAAUAUUAUAAAUGUUCAUUUAAAAAUUAUGAAGAUAAUAACAUUGACUUAAGUAAAUCCCAAAUUAAUAAGGGAAAAAGUUUUAAUUUAAAUCAAAACAAUUAUAAUAACGAAAAUAAGAACAGUAACAGUAAUAAUAAUAUUAAUAUGAAUAACUGCAUAAAUAAUUACAUUAAUGAUAUUGGUUAUGAAAUAAAUGAUAAUAAGAAAUUACGUAAUAUAGAAAAUGAUCCUUGUUUGAACUCUUGCAAAGUAAUUAAUCAGAAUAAGAAGAAAAAUUUAAUUAAUAUUAUUAAUGAAAAUAACUCAGAAAUAAAUAAUAGUGAAAAUAAAGUUUGUAUUAUAAAAAAAAAAGUGUCAAAACAUAAUAAUGAAACGAAAAAAAGUAAUGAUAUAUAUAAAGAUGAUAAUUCUAAUUAUUCUAAUGAAAAAAUAGCAUAUAAAGAUAUUUAUAACAAUGAAAAUCUUACAAAUUGUUUCAUUAAUAAUUAUUCCAGUUAUAAAACCCCUGUUAAAAAAAAAGGAAAUGAAAAUCAAGAUAAUUCAUUAGACAAUGUUACUUCAGUCAAUGAAAUAAUUACUAACAUAUGUGAAAUUUUACAAAAUAAUACUACUGAUAAUAAAAUUAAUAAAAAACUUGAAAAUUCUCCAUCACCUAAAUUAAUGAAUAUAAAUUAUCAUGACAAAAAUAACAAUAUAAAUAAGAAUGAAAAUAAAAAUCUCAAGAAUUAUAUGGAUUCUAUAGAUAAUAAAAAUUAUCAUUUAUUAUAUAAUAAAGAUAAUGAUAAAUACAAUUAUAUGAACAACAAUGAAAAAAAUGAUAAUGAAAUAUUUAAUACAUUAGAAAAACAAAAUACAGAUAAACUAAAAAGUAAUGAUACUUUACUUCUUCUAAAGAAUUUAUCGCAUAACGAUAAGUUUUCAUGCCUGAAAAAUAUUCAAGAAGAACAAUUUGAUUAUUUAAAACGAAAUGGAGAAAUUUUAAAAAAUAGUAAUUUUUUUUCUGACACACAAAUAGAAACAAAUAUAGAUGAUCCUUCAUUAUAUUCGAAGAAAAAAAAUCAGUCAAUAAAUUUUCAAAUUGAAGAAACAUUUAAUUAUGAAAUUGACAAAACUGAAAAUGAAGAAAUAAAAGAAAAUGAAAAAGUUAAAAGAGAAAAAAGUUUUAAUCAAUAUGAAAAAAGUGAAGAUGAUAAUGAACAUAAAAGAAAUAAGGAUAUAUGCAAUAAGGUUAGUCAUUGUAUAGAAUCGAAAAAGGGAAAGAGAGAUUGUAUUAAUGAAAAUUAUCAAAAAACAAAAGAAAAUGAUAAUGGUGAAAUGUAUGAAGAAGGAUAUGAAGAAGAAGAUGAGGAAGAUAAUAAGGAAGAAAAAGAAAAUUUUGAGAAAGAGGAAGAAUUUGUAGAAGGAUAUUUUGAAGAUAUUAAGAACUCUAUUGAAGAAAAGAGAAAUGUUAAGAGAAAGCUAAAUAAUAAGGAAUGUAAAGGAAAAAAUCAGAAAAAGAUGAUGAAUAAUACUAAAAAAAAUUCAUCGAAAAAUAAUUGUGAACUUCAUAAACAUAAAAAAAAUGUGCAUGAUAAUUUUUCAAAAAAUAAAAAUCAUAUAUAUAUUGACCAUUAUAAUGAUAUAAGUAAAACUAUUUUUAAUUUAAAUAAUCCUAAUAUUGAUGAUUUUACAAAAAAUAAAUUACUUGAAAUGAUAAAAAAACCAUUUUUUUCUGAUAAUGGAAAAAUGCACAUUUAUUAUGAAAAGGAAAGAAAGCAAAUGCAAAAUGGAAAAGAUAUGAAGUAUAUUAAAAAAGUAACGAAAAAUGGAAAUGAAAAUUUGAACAAUUUAAAAAAAAAUAAAAAUAUUUUAAAAAAUUAUAUUAGCUUUUUUAAUCGUGAUAAAGAAUUAAAAAAAGAAAAUUCAAAGGAAUUUUUUGAGCAAAAUGAAAAUAUGCAGCACAUCAUGAAAAAAUAUCACGAAGAUAAUUUUUUUAAUAAUUCAGAUUAUAUUUAUAAAAAUCAGGGAUGCGAAGAACUGGGCAAUAAUCCACAUGAAGAUAAUGAAAAUAAUCCAAAUAAUAAAAGAUUAAGAGCAAAUAUAAAUUUAUCAAGCGAAAAAAAAACAAAGGAAAAGAUUGGAAAUCAGGAAAGUAGUAAUGAAGAUUUUGAUAAAUAUAAUAAUAAUGAUAUAAAAAGUAUAGAGAAAAAGAAAAAUAAUAAUGAAAGAGAAAAUUUUCCCAUGAAUACAACAAAAGAUAGGUCUAAAAGAAAUAGAAUAAAAAUAAAUAAUAACGAAGAUAAUGAGGAAAGAAGGAAAAGUAUUAAAAUGGAAAAUGAAGGUGAUAGAAGGAUAAAUGAAAAUAACGAAAAUUUAAAUACAAAUAAAUCAGGUAAAGAAAUUUUAUAUAAUGAUAAUGAUAUAUGUACACAAAAAUUUUCAAAAAAUGAAAUAUUUAAUAAUACACAAUUAAAGGAUGAUGAUAGUAAUAAAAAAGAAAAUGCCAUAUUUGUAAAUGAAAAACAGAAUUUUCCUACCUACUUACAAAAAUCAAAAUAUCAAAAAAAUUAUUCAGAAAAUGAAGAAGAAAAAUUGAAUAUUGAAGGUGAGGAUGAUGAGGAUAGUAAUGAUUACAUAGCUAGUAGUAUCAAAAAGUAUGAUUCUGAUGAUAUAUGUAAUAAAAAUUUUCAUAAAAAGGUAAGCAAAGAAAAAAAACAGAAAAUGUAUUUGUGUGAUAUAAUGAAAAGUGAUGAUUUAAAAAAAAUUAAUGAUAAUUAUUUUAAAUUACAUUCUAAUUUAGCAAGUAACUUAUUAAGUACAAGCACUAGUAGCAGUUAUAGCAAUGAUAAUGUAAAAGUAAGUUUAAGUAAUUACGAAAUGAGAAAAUUAUCUUCCAAUUCAUGCAUAAAUAAAAUUUUUCUGGAAGAUGAAUUGCAUAAUAAUUUAGGUAUGAACUUUUUAUUAAAUAAAAAUUGUAGUUUGUAUGAUAAUAAUAAAAAAAAUGUGGAAGGAAAAACUUCAGUAAGUAUAGAUAAUAAUUCUACAAGUAAUGAGACAAAUAUAAAUGAAAAUAAUAAUGGUAAUGGCAUUAGUGGUGAAGAAUGUAUAAUAAAAAAUAAGUCCUUUUUAAGCGAAAUGCAAAAAAAUGUUAUCAAAGAAAUUCAAAUAGAAAAUAAAUUUACACACAAUUUAGUUCUAAAUAAUAAAUAUGUAAAUGAGGAAUGUGUCAUGAACGACAAUAAAAUAAUUGAAAAAAGGGAAGUGAAAGACAAAUUAAAAAAUGAUGAAAUAUUAAAAAAAUCAGAAAAUCCAUUUUAUCUUAAGUUAAAUGAGAAUAAUGAUUUAAUACAACAUAUGAAAAAUGACAAUUUAUGUUGUAAUAAGGAUAUUUUAUGUAAAAAUAUAAGUAAAAAAAAUAGUCAAACACUCAAAGGCUAUGAUACACUAAAGAUGAAUGCAAAUAAAUAUUAUACUAGCAACUCACAAUUAAAAGGAAGAAUGCUAUUUAAAAGCAAAAGUUAUAGUGAUAAUGAUAAUUUUUUAAGCCUUCAUAUGAAAAGAAAGAUGUCGUCAUAUUCUGAUUAUAAAGAAUUUGAUACAUUACAUUUAAAAAAAUAUAAAUUACUUAAAAAUAAUUAUACAAAAGAAAAAGAAUUUUUAUUAAAUAGGACGAAUAGCUUAAAUAUAAAUUUAAAUAAAGUAGGAGAUGACAUACUAAAACAUGAUAUUCAAAAUAGUUGUGAUAAUAAUAAUAAUAUUAUAAAGGAAAAGAAAUUGAGACAUCAAGUCACUAAUAACAACAAAUUACAAGAGGAAUCAUUUAAUACUCAAACAAAGAAUUUGUGCAAAGAAUUAAAUGAAAAUGAUACAAUUAUAAAAGACAAAGAUGAUAAUAUAGAAAAUAAAAAAGAAGAAACUAAUGAAACUUGUAACGUAGUAGAAUUAACAGUAAAAAAUGAAAUAGAUAAAAAGGUAUGUACAUUAGUAAAUUGUCCAACACAUAAUCCCCAAAACUAUACAAAAAGUAUGGCGAAAAAAAAUGAUUCACAGGGAGAUUCAGUAAUAUUAAAAGAAGAAAAUGAUGAAUUAAAAAGAAUACCAGGUGUAUAUUAUGAUAAAAAUUCUCAAAGAUGGUUUGGUGAGCAUAAAAUUAACGGUGUUAAGUGUGCUCAAAGUUUUGCAGUAAAAAAGCAUGGAUGUGAGGAAGCAAAAAGACUAGCAAUUGAAUGGAAAAAAGCAAGAAUAAGAGGAGAAGUUUGGGAUAGAUUUAUAAAUAAAAAAAAAAAAAAUAAUAAUAAUAAUUGUUUAAAAGCAUCUAAAUCCAAUAGACCUUCUGUAGAAGAAUUAAGAAUGAAAUAUUUAUCUAUGAGCAAAAAUAUGCCUAAGGUACGAGGAGUUUGGUUUAAUUCUACUCCUCAAAGAAUGGGAUGGGUUGGCCAAGCUUAUAAAAAAUGCAAAAGAAUUGAAAGAAUUUUUUCCGUUAAUAAAUAUGGUUUUGAAGGUGCAAGAAAAUUAGCUAUUGCUUUUCGAAAUUCUCAAAAACCAUCUAAUGAAGAUAGUGAUGAAGAUAGUUGGUCUAAAGAUGACAAAAUAAAUGUGAAGAAUAAUGAAGAUAAUUUAAAUAACUAUGAAUAUAAGAGUAAUUUUUUUAGUUCUAUAAAUAAUAUUAAGAAUAAUAAUAAAAUUGAAAGUAAAGAUAUAAGAAUUAAUUUAUGUAGAGAUGCCAUAUUAUUUAUUUUACAGGAUUUGGAAACUAUAUUAGAACUAAAUAUACCUUUAUUAAAUAAAAAUGUAAAUGUAUAUAAAAUAUGUAUAAAACAUCAUUUAAAUUAUUUAACAUUAAUAAAGAGUGAGGAACAGAUUAUUCCAUAUUUAACGGUAUUUGGCGAUUAUAUACAAAGAUGUAUUUUGCCAACUGAUCUCCCAUAUGCUGAGUUAUAUGUUUUAAUUGAUUCAUUAAUUCAUAAUGAAAUAUUACCAUCAUUUGAUCAUAAGCAAAAUUUUUGUGAAUAUUCAGCAACAGAAGAUCCUGGAAUAAUAACACCAUCCAUGUUAUUAUAA